GAAUGCACUCAUUCUGAAGCUAGACAUCAGAAGUCUCUUAUCGAUGGGCCACGGCGCUUGACAAAUCGGAGCAAUGGAAUCGUGUUUAGCCCAGAGCUGUGCAGCAUCUGUCCAAGGGAGUUCCCCCCUGAUCUUCCACCAACUGAUCCAGGCACUUUUGGUAUCGCAGUGCAGCCUCAGCAGCCCCAUCGAUUACCCCCCCAACAGAAACGCUGAGAUCCUAGAAAAUUCCGAUCCCUUCGAUUUCAUCAUCGUGGGAGGAGGGACAGCAGGCUCUGCCGUGGCCAGCAGACUCUCCGAGAAUCCAAACUGGAGAGUUCUCCUAAUCGAAGCUGGAGCAUAUCCCUCAGCCCUCAGUGACGUUCCAGCAAUGCUACUGUUCCUCCAAGGGACCCCAGAGGACUACGCUUACGAGGUAGAAUACCAAGAGGGCAUGUGUCAAGGAACAUCCACCAAAAAAUGUAAAUGGGGUAAAGGAAGAGUCCUAGGAGGAAGUUCAGUGCUGAAUGCUAUGCUCCACAUUCACGGCAACGACCGGGACUUCGACUCCUGGGCGGCCCUGGGAAAUGACGGUUGGAGUUUCAAAGAUGUGCUUCCAUACUUCAAAAAAUCAGAGAGCUACUCCCCAGAGUUCAUCGGCAAAUUCGGUGACAAGUACGUCGGAAGCAGCGGACAAAUCAAUAUUCGUGAUUACAAUUACACAGACUCUGGACUUCAAAGCGUUCUUCUAGACGCAGUUCGAGAAAGAGGGAUUCCAGUGCUGGAUCACUUCAACGGUGAAAGGUACAUUGGGUUUGGAAGGGCCCAGGGUACCCUCGACAAGGGUCGCCGUGUCAAUGCAGCCAAGGCUUAUCUGUCACCGGUGAAAGAUCGGAAAAAUUUGUUCGUGGCGACGUCCACUCGAGCGGAUCGAAUACUGAUGGAGGGUAAUAAGGCUGUUGGCGUUCGUUUAACUUUUCCGGAUGAUAAAUCUGUAGAUCUCAAAGCGUCUAAGGAAGUUAUUAUCUCAGCCGGGGCCAUAGCAACUCCGCAGGUACUGAUGCUGUCCGGAAUUGGGCCGAAGAAACAUUUGGAUGAACUGGGAAUCCCCUGUGUCGCUGAUCUCCCAGUGGGGAAGAAUCUGCAGGACCAUUUGAUAUGGAUGGGCCUUCACUUCGAGUUCUUCAACGAAUCGGGUGUUAUCAAAACACCUCUGGACUACCUAGACAACGCCUAUUUGUAUUUGAUCCAUACUAAAGGGGAAUUCAUAGCCACCGGGGGCAUUGAUUUACUAGGAUUCGUCAACUUGGAAGACCCGAUCUCACACUACCCGAAUAUCCAGUUCCAUCAUAUUCACAUAUCCAAGGGGGACGUCAUGAUGCUCCAAGCAGUGAUGAACUCCAUAGGAUUGUCCGAGGAGCUGCAGGCAGAACUUAUGAAAUUAACAAUCGCUGGUGAUAGUCUUAUGAUGUGCCCUACGCUGCUGAAUCCAAGGAGUCGAGGGGAAAUUAAACUACGGAGUACUUCGCCGAGUGAUACAGUGAAAAUUUGGGCUAAUUAUUUGGACAGCGAAGAGGACAAGGUGGAAUUGCUGAAGUCAGUCGAGUUUCUGAAGAGCUUGGAAGUUACUGACGUCAUGAAAAAGCACGGCAUCAAGUUGAGACAUUUCAAGAUACCGGGGUGCAAGGAGUUCACAGCUGGUUCUAUGGAGUAUUGGGAGUGCAACCUGAGGCAUACAGCUGCCACUGUCUAUCACCCAGUGGGAACAGCGAGGAUGGGGCCAGCAGGUGAUGCUGCUGCUGUGGUGGAUCCUAAACUUAGAGUUCAUGGGGUUAAGGGGCUGAGGGUUAUCGAUGCAUCGAUAAUGCCAACUGUAACCAGUGGCAACACAAAUUCCCCAACUUUGAUGAUUGCUGAGAAAGGCGCGGAUAUGGUGAAAAAGGAAUGGUCCAGCAGGGAUGAAUUAUGAGAAAAUGCGAUGAAGAAGUUAUUCCGGUUUUUUUGUUCCGUGGUUUCCAUGUUUUCCGUCAUUGUAAUCGAUACUAAGUUCUUUAUGUACUGAGAAAUAGGUCAUAACAACUACGCUGGCAUAUGCCUAUCGUAUCUUAAUGCAGUAGAAUAUUUCACACUUUAGGUAAUAAAAAUUUUAGUAAAAACCA